AUGGUAAUGUUCUCCACAUGGUUGGCAAAAAGCUUAUGGCACUUAAGUGACAGAAACUUCGGAAGAUAUGGCAUAUUGCUAAAAUCCUUGGAAACUAUUGAGUCAGCUGAACAAUAUUUAAAAGUGAUGUCAUCAGCAAGAAGCAAUCCUAGCCCUUUCAAUGUAUUGAUGGCUAGCUACCUUAUUGAAGAUUGGAAUAAAGGUUUACAGGUCUUUUUGUCUAAGACACCCACAGCCACAGGAAAAAAUAAAACUCGGUUUGCUAUAGAGCAAUAUGUAAAACUAGAGUUUAGUCCUGAAGGAGUGUUAACGACCUCUAGAUUUUAUGCAUCUCCGGAUCUACCGUAUACACUUAAGAAGAAUGUUUUGCCAGUAAGCAAACAUGAUUUGAAUUUGCAGAAGGUAGAAAAAGCUGGAGUAAAAGACGAAAAGAUUAGGGACGUUUUAUCCUUGACACCUUUCAUGAAACCAGAAAAUGCUGAGUGGUUGAAACAGGUCCUGACCUUUCAGGCAGGCCUGGAGGAUCAGGCUGGACCGUCCAGGAGGCCAGUUGCAGCUGAUUCGGAAGAUUCCCAUCAGUCUAGUGAAUAUUUUGAUGAAUCUGAUUAA